AUGUCGUCGUCCGCCGUCACUACCAAAACGUCCAAGUACACCUACCGCUCGACCGGUGGUGGUACUGCCGAUGUCAGCAUCGAGUACAGUGCUGACCUGAGCGCUCUGUCCCGGCUGGAGGACAAAAUCCGUCUCCUGCAGGAUGACUUGGAGUCGGAACGUGGCCUUCGCCAAAGGAUUGAACGCGAGAAGGCCGAUCUCAGCGUACAGGUGAUUCAGCUUUCGGAGCGUCUCGAAGAGGCCGAGGGUGGAGCAGAGGGACAGCUGGAAAUCAACCGCAAGCGGGAUGCCGAGCUGACCAAGCUGCGCAAGCUGCUGGAGGAUGUGCACCUGGAGUCGGAGGAGACCGCCCACAUCCUGAAGCGCAAGCACCAGGAAAUUGUCAGCGACUUUAACGAACAGCUCGAGACUCUGACCAAAUCGAAGCAGAGAGUCGAAAAAGAAAAAUCGAAGCUGCAGGCAGAAAUCUACGAGCUGCUGUCGCAGGUCGAAAGCAUCUCUAAGGACAAGCAGAUCAGCAUCAAGACGAUCGAGAAGCUCGAGGUCCAGGUGACGGAGCUGAGCAUUCGCAUCGAGGAGCUGAACCGCACGAUCGUGGACAUCAGCUCGCACAAGACGCGCCUGUCGCAGGAAAACAUCGACCUGGUCAAGUCGGUCCAGGACCUGAAGCUCAGCGUCGAGAGCAUCUCGUUCUCGAAGACCCAGCUGAACUCGCAGCUCGAGGAGGCGAGACGCCGCCUGGAGGAGGAUGAUCGCCGCCGCUCGAUGCUCGAGUCCAGCCUGCACCAGGUGGAGACCGAGCUGGAAUCCAUCCGCCUGCAGCUGGAGGAAGAGUCCGAGGCCCGGCUGGACCUCGAGCGUCAGCUCGUCAAGGCGAACGGUGAGGCCGGUACCUUCAAGUCCAAGUACGAGGCCGAAUGUAUGGCGCGCGUCGAGGAGGUGGAAGAGAUCCGCCGCAAGUACACCGUGCGCAUCACCGAGUCGGAGGAGCACAUCGAAUCGCUGCAGGCCCGCCUGAGCAAGCUGGAGAAGGAGAAGAGCCGUCUGACGAGCGAGAUCGAGGUGCUGAUCAUCGACCUGGAGAAGGCGAACAACGGUAUCCGCGAGUACACCAAGCGCAUCGAGAUCCUCGAGAAGACGAACAUCGAAAUCAAGACCCGGCUGGAGGAAACGAUUGCGCUGUACGAUGCGUCCCAGCGCGAUCUCCGCCAGCGCACUGCCGACUUCCAGCGGUUGUCCCACGAGCUGGACAAGACCCGCGAGCAGAAGGAUCAGCUCGGGCGCGACAAUAACAAGCUGCAGAACGAGCUGCACGAGUCCCGCAGCACCGUUACCGAGUUGACGCGCCGCCUUCACGAGUAUGAAGUUGAGCUGCGUCGUCUGGAGAACGAGCGCGAGGAGUUGACCGCCGCCUACAAGGAAGCGGAGGCCGGCCGCAAGGCGGAGGAGAAGCGUGCCCAGGCACUUGCCGGCGAGUACGGCCAGUUCCGCCAUGACACCGAGCGCCGUCUGUUGGAGAAGGAUGAAGAAAUUGAAACCAUUCGCAAGCAGACCAGUAUCGAAAUCGAGCAGCUGAAUGCACGCGUCGUCGAGGCGGAGACCAAGCUCAAGAGCGAGGUCAUGCGCAUCAAGAAGAAGCUGCAGAUCCAGAUCACCGAGCUGGAGAUGUCGCUGGAUGUGGCCAACCACACCAACAUCGAGCUGCAGAAGACGAUCAAGAAGCAGUCGCUACAGCUGACCGAGAUGCAGGCGCACUACGAGGAGAUCCAGCGCCAGCUGCAGUCGACCGUCGAUCAGUACGGCAUUGCUCAGCGCCGCAUCCAGUCGCUCACCGGCGAGCUGGAGGAGAUCCGCGUCAACUACGAUUCGUCGCUGCGUGCCAAGCGCCAGGUGGAGGUGUCGCUCGAGGACGCCACUACGCGCAUCAACGAGCUGAGCGUGGUUAACGCCAACUAUGCCUCGCUCAAGGCCAAGCUGGAGACCGAACUGCAGACCCUGGCCGCCGACUACGAAGAAGUCACCCGUGAGCUGCGUGUCAGCGAUGAGCGCUACCAGAAGAUUCAGGUUGAGCUUAAGCACACCGUCGAGCUGCUGCACGAGGAACAGGAAAGAAUCGUCAAGAUCGAAGCCAUCAAGAAGUCGCUGGAGGUUGAGGUUAAGCAACUGUCCAUCCGUCUGGAGGAGGUCGAGGUCAAUGCCGUGGCCGGUAGCAGACGCAUCAUCAACAAGCUCGAGGCCCGCCUGCGCGACAUCGAGGUCGAACUGGAUGAGGAAAGACGAAAGCACGCCGAAACGAUCAAGAUUCUGCGCAAGAAGGAACGCUCGGUCAAGGAGGUGUACAUCCAGAUCGAGGAGGAUCAGAAGAACAUCCAGAUUCUGCAGGACGCGUUGGAGAAGGCCAACCAGAAGAUCGCUGCCUACAAGCGUCAGCUAACCGAACAGGAACAAUGCUCACAGCAGUGCGUCACCAAGGUUCGCCGUUUCCAGCGAGAGCUCGAAGCCGCCGAAGACCGUGCCGAUGUGGCGGAGAGCAACCUGACCAUGGUCCGUGCCAAGCACCGUACGUUCGUCACCACCUCGACCGUGCCCGGUUCGCAGGUCUACCUAGUGCAAGAGACCACCCGGACCAUCAACGAAUCGUCGUCCUAA